UCCGAGGAAGACCGUAAGAAUAUUCUCAGGCUACAGGAUCUGGUGGACAAGCUGCAAAUGAAGGUGAAAUCCUACAAGAGACAAUCUGAGGAGGCUGAGCAGCUCUCCAAUGUCAACCUCUCCAAGUUCCGCAAGAUCCAGCACGAGCUGGAGGAAGCCGAGGAACGGGCUGACAUUGCAGAGUCACAGGUCAACAAGCUCCGAGCCAAGAGUCGGGAGUUUCAUAGGAGGAUAGAAGAGGAAGAGUGAGAUUGUCAUCAGGUGUACAAAGUGACCUGCGGGCUGCACAAAAUGUGAACCCUGUGUCACUUCCUUCUGCAAUGUACCCACCUCAGUGCCUAGUGAAUAAAGAGUAGAUUCCUCUGCAAACACA